AUGCACCGUAGGCCUAGCCUCCAAUUCAACAUCGAGCAGGCCAAUUUACUCCCCUCUCUUCCCCUGACCCCCUCACGCAAGCCAAGGGAUCACAUCACCUACAAGGACUACAUCGCCAUCUUGCGUGGCGACCCGAAGAAAGCCGAGUGUCUUGUGCACUGGCAAAGGACGGGUAGAGCCUUGGGCGAGGGCCUUGGUGUCACUAAUGAGCAUGACAAGCAAAAGCGUGCCGCACCGGCCGAACCAGGAUACUACACUAACAAGUCACACCAACAGCCCAGCGGUGCGUUGAGCUGUCAUAUGAUGGGCGUGUCCAAGCCCGAACAUAGCAAGAUGGUGCACAAGGUGAACGCAAGUGGCGAGUUCGUCAAAUCUCCGAAGCAGCCUCUGUCCAAGGGUCCCGAGACCGCGGAUUCUGGCGACGAUGUGUUCGCCGAGCCCUUGUCGUCGAAGACAACUGCUUAA